AAAUUUUUCUACAGUUUGACUGUGACUACCUUGGUCAAGAGUUUCUUGUUGGUGAUGUCCACGUCGGAGACGAGCGUCAUAUGAUGUUUGCAACCAACGAUCAGCUACAACUUCUUCAAAGAGCACGCAAGUGGUAUCGUGAUGGUACGUUUAGAGUCGUCAGGAAGCCGUUUAGGCAAUUAUGGAGCAUUCAUGCCUUUCUACGCAAAGGAGAGACAAUGAAACAAGUACCGCUUCUUUUUGUGAUGAUGUCUCGUCGGCGGAAGCAAGACUACAUUGCUGUAUUGGAGAAACUUCUUGAUAUCAUGGAUGAAGCGCCGGUGGUUGAACGCUUUACUAUGGACUUCGAAGCCGGUUUAUGGCAAGCCUUACGACAGAUCUUUCCUGGUGCCAGUCUCAAAGGAUGCGGUUUUCACUGGGCACAGGCGAUACAGCGACGAGUACAGGAGCUAGGUUUGAUGACCACAUAUCGACACAUAGAGGGUGUACAUCAGAUUAUUAGGAAACUACUGGCUCUACCGUUCCUGCCUGGAAGUGAUAUACCAAGAGCAUUCAAGAAGCUGUUCGACAAAGUUGAUGUUAGCUCUCAAGCGCUUGUAGACCUAUUCGAGUACGUGAAUGAUCAAUGGCUGGAGAACAGUUUGUGGUCUGCAGAAGAAUGGUCCGUCUACAGACAGACUGUUCGUACCAACAACGAAACAGAGGGAUGGCAUAGACGUCUUAAUAGCCAGGCUGGUCGGGGCGUGAUUCCCUUCUAUGUUCUUCUUACGUUACUAUUGCAAGAGGCGAAGCUAGUGAACAUACAUCUACAAUUGGUCACGGAAGCUGGCGUCGGUCGCUAUCGAAGGGAAGUGAACAGAAACAUGGACGCAAAGGUGAUGGACCUAUGGGACAUGUAUGACGCUCAUGAUGUUGUUUGUGAGGAGUUCCUUCUAGAAAUAGGAUCGAUCUACGGAAACUUCUAGACAAGGAAGUGUGUUAUUGGACGCUGUAGAGCAAUAAGACAUACACAAAUACAGUUUGAAAAAGUGUAUAUAUUGUAAAUAAUGUAGUUCUUACAUACAUGUAUAUAAAUAAAGUGAUAGUGUCUGCGUUUUCUAUGUAUUGUUGUUUCAAUGUAAUGUGUGUAUGUAAUGUGUGUAUAUGUAUAUUUAUUUGUG